AUAGAUUAUUUCCACAAAUUUAGCAUCACCACAAAAUUAAGAUUUUAUCAUUUAUCCCUCUUUUGAACAACUAAUCUCCUCACACCAAUUUUCCUUAGAUUUCCAUCUUUCUCAAUCAAAAAACUUGAUUGUUAAUGGUGAUCUCCCAUUGUUGGUGUUCUUGAUAAACAAACAAAAACUCCAUCAAUGGGAGCAACCUCAACCGAAGAAAUAUUAGACAAACCACAACCCCCUAAACUUUCAAUCUCUCUAAUCGAACCCCCAAAAAAGCACAAAAAGCAUCGAAGCAAACCAUUUCGAACCUUCCAGAACAUCUGGAGAUCCAUCCCUAUAAUAUCCCCAAUUUGCAAAUUCCCUAAUGACGUAUUACCCGACACUACAAAUGGAUCAACUCAUACGGGUAUUCGGGUCACAGGUACAUUAUUCGGGUACAGAAAAGGUCGAGUAAGUCUCGCAUUACAAGAGAAUCCAGGUUUUCUUCCUUCAUUAGUAGUUGAAUUAGAUAUGCAAUUUAAUGCACUUAAAAAGGAAAUGAGUAUAGGGACUGUAAGAAUAGCCUUUGAAUGUGAGAAAAGGGUAGAAAAAGAUAAGAGGAAGCUUCUAGAAGAACCGAUUUGGAGUGUGUUUUGUAAUGGAAAUAAGAUUGGUUACGGUGUAAAAAGAGAAGCAAAUGAUGAAGAUUUGAAUGUAAUGGAGCUUCUUAAGAAUAUGUCAAUGGGGGCUGGGGUUUUACCUGGAAUUUCUUGUAUUGAAGGUGUUGAUGGUGAAAUGGCCUAUAUGAGAGGACAUUUUCAACAUUUUGUGGGGUCCAAGGAUUCUGAGACUUUGUAUAUGCUUUGUCCUUAUGGGAAUACUAAUGCUACUCGUAAUGGACCUGAGUUGUCUAUUUUUUUUGUGCGAAUUUAAAAAGUCUUGUCUUAUUAAAUUUGCUAUAUUUAUUAUGAAAAUAUUUUGAUAUUGAAAAUGGAUCAUCAUAUGGAAGGUUAAAGGUUUUGUGGAGGACAACCUGAUUUACCCUUAUCAAAACAGAUAGGUGUGGCUAAUGUAAAGACUCUUAUAUUGAAGAUACAUCAUUAUUAUCAUCAUAUCUAGUAUUGGUAUAUUUAGCUUAUAGAAGGAAUAAGGUUUGUGGAGGAUUGUAGGACGAUGUGUUAUACCCUUUUAAAAGACAUAAAGUUACGACCAGUGAGAUAUUUCAUAUUGAGCUAUUCUUGCGAGAGAUCAUCAAUUGAUAAGACGAACCUAAAAUAAAAAUUACAUAUGUUGAUAAUUUGUAUAAUUGAGCUAUUUAACCCAUAUAUAAGGUGCGUCUUACGGUGAGAGCAUCUCAUACAAGAAUUUGUGCAUAUUUGGCUCGGCUUGAGAAAUGUCUACUAAUAAUAACAAAGACCUAUAACACGAAAUAGUACGAUAAAAAGGUAAGUGUAGCAAAUCCAAUUUAAGGGAGAAUUAUGCAAUUAGUGGUUGAUUGUCACAAAUGUAAAGGAGUCAUUAACACAACCAAUGUCAUAUUUUAUGGUUGUAUUUAGUAAACUAGGUUGAGUUUGUGGUAUUCUUUUAUUUAAGUAGAGAAAGGUUGAUGCCAAGAUAGAGAUUAAUAGUAAGAAAAUUGUGAAAUUCUAUUGCACAUUUAAUCUUUUCAUAUUUAUACAUUUUUCUAACUUUU